AUGGCUAACAUCCUGAUCUUCAGUGAAGUAAAUGUGACCGGAAACGUGACUCAGUUCACCGUGUCAAGUGCAGAGCUGACCUUACAAAGAAAAAUACCUAAUAACAGUACAAACACUAGCGAUGCUGUAAUUCCUACGAUAGCACUAGUCAGUAAUUUAUUAAAUCCCGAGCCAGUGUUGGUAAUAAGUAGCAGCAAACCAGUAGCAAUUGAAUCUGCGUCAUUUGACCUUAUAAUUCCAGCAGAAGAUGCAGAAAUGUUAGGUGCUAAAGCUGAGCAGUUAGUUAUAAUUGCUACGAACGUGAGUGAUUCGAAAUCAAACACCACCACUCAAAAUUCAACCGAUCAUAACAAUCAAUUGCAAGCAAACAACACAAAUAAAUUAACAAACGUUCCUAGUAUAACAAAAUCACCCAGCCCGGUACCGCCCACAUCUUCGAGCACCGCCACGGAAACGACUCUCAUUUCAGAAUCCCAAACAACAAUGACGCCCCCCCCCCACCCGUCGCGCCGACAGGCGCACAGCAUCAACAAGGAGCGGCAGCGGCCGUCCACGCCGCCCACGCUUGCCGGCCCGUCGGCGGAGCGCCCGACCACGCCCCGCGACGACAAGCUCUUCGUCGUGGACAAGACGGCGCUGCGGGGCAUGCUGCGUGAGGUGGUGCACGUGGAGCACAACAAACGCAACAGGAGGGAAGCAGCCCCCGUUGACGCUGUACUCCACUGA